AUGUAAUCGUAUUUGGCAAGAAAAUUGAUAAAAACUCGUGUUUAUUAACAUGUUUCAAACACCGAAACGUCGAAAAUCGUCAAGUGAAGGUAAUGUGACGCCAAACUGCCGUGUUUUGCAAUCGAAAAGCGAAAAUGGUUCGGACAAAGAGAGCCCAAGCUUUAACAACGAAAGGGACCUUUUGGAAAAUGUAACAUCACCUUCUGAGGCAAGAAGAGGCAGGCCCAGGGCCGAAACACUAACCAGUUUAAUCAUGGUCGGUUCAACAUCCCCAAGUUCAAUAAAGUGCACCUACUGCAAAAGAGUUUUUCCCAGGGAAAAAUCACUGCAAGCACAUCUAAGAACUCACACUGGUGAAAAACCUUAUGUAUGCGAUUUUCCGAAAUGCACGAGGCAGUUUGCUCAGUCAGGCCAGCUAAAAACUCACCAAAGACUUCACACUGGAGAGAAGCCAUUCAUGUGUUCAGCUCCUAGUUGCAACAAACGAUUUACGCAUGCAAAUCGACACUGUCCAGAUCAUCCAGACUCGCAAAUAAAACGAUGUGUCGUCAAAUCGGAAACCUCAUUCGAAGACAUUACAACGCUAAGCGAGAACGACAGCGCCACCGAUUAUGAGAAUUACAGCGCCGAAGUGAAGGAGUGGCUGAAAAACUACGAGCGAAAGAACAAAAGUUCAGCGGAAAAUUUAGACACCACGCCGAAAAAGUCGUUUAAGCGCGAAGAAACCGCGUUCAGCAGCGGAAGUUCCGCCUACUUUUCCGGCUGUUCGGCCGAUAUCGAAAACUCGCCGCAAUCCGAAGCGAACACCAGCGAGUACGAGAUAGCGAACGACUUGACGCCGCUGCGAUCGUCGUCGUCGGUGAAAUUCCCCAAAAAGCGCUGGUUGAGCGAAGCGGUCCUGGACCAGCACAUCUGGGACUCGAACAACGUCCUGGCGCACCCUCUCAACUGGUCCGAGGAGGUUUUUUCCAACGGCAACGAUUUCGAAGGUUCGAAAAACAACUCCCCGGAAUCGGUGGAAGUUCAAGCCCAGCCCUUGCCCCUAAUCAAACCAAAAACGACUGAAAACGAGAACCAAAAGAGGCCGUCGGUGCUUGUGUGCGUGCAAGGCGGCAAACGCAAAGAGAUUUCCAGCGAAGAAAUUCAAGGUGCUAUGGCUUUGGUCGAGUUAAAAAACGCGAACUUCAAUUACCGCGUAUGAGUACAACAAGUUCUUGUGAUAUAUUUAGUUGUAUCCUGUUUUUGAUGUUGUGUUUCGAAAUUUUAUUUAAAAAUCGAUAGUUUUUUAAAAGGCUGCUACGUUUACUUCAUUUAAAUGUAUUCAGCCAUG